ACUCUCCUUGAACGUGACGUUAUAACGGAUAUUACGUACACGGAAAACCUUGUGUUUUCUGUCAUGUGAUGAUCGCACAUAAACAAGAAGGAACUUUUUUAUAAAACUGGCUUAAAUUGAAGGGUGCAGCAGGGGAGCUACAUAGUCAAUCUAAUGAAUAUGGCAGAUAAUCUGAGGAGUUAUUUGUAUAAACAACUGCCAAGUGUUGAAGGACUCCAUGCAAUAGUGGUGACAGAUAGAGAUGGAGUCCCUGUAAUCAAAGUUGCCAAUGACAAUGCCCCUGACUAUGCACUGCGGCCGGCGUUCCUGUCCACCUUUGCUUUGGCAACUGACCAGGGCAGCAAGCUCGGCUUGUCCAAAAAUAAGAGCAUCAUUUGUUACUAUAACACAUACCAGAUUGUACAGUUCAACCGAUUACCCUUAGUGAUAAGUUUCAUCGCAAGUAGUAAUGCCAACACAGGUUUGAUCUUCAGCCUUGAGAAGGAGCUAGUCCCUCUGAUCGAAGAACUAAGGCAGGUGGUGGAAGUAGCUUAGUUGCUAUUCAACUCAGCACCUUCAGGAAUCAGACAUUUGGAUAAGAGAGUCACGAUCGCCGAUCCAGUCUGAUGUUUUGAUGUUCUAGCUCACACACACACACACACAUGUACAUAUAUAUAAUGUUGGCUGGUCUUGAUGCUGUAUGUCUUUUAUGAAUGUAACCUGCUCCUCUUUGUCUCCUCGUAAUUAAUAAAUUUGUCUAAAGCUUUGGUUUACAAAAAUAAAUUUUAUUCAUUGACAUGUUACAUUUUUACAGUAGAAAAACGGGUACUGGUUACGGGUUCAUUGUCAGUUCACACAUCACAUUAGAAGUAGCAUUGCUAUUUAGAGAAAUUCGAAUUUUAUACCUUUCAUUUUGGUUUUCUAUAGCAUGCUGCAGGGAUUAUGUAUUUUUGUAGACCUAAAGCCAGAGGUCUGUGGUUAACACAAGUGUAAGAUAUUUUUAUACAAUGACAAUGUCUUAUACAAUGACAUAAAAUACAUCAGUAAAACCCC